GGACAGUUGACUCGUGAUCGUCGAAGGAAGUAGACGUCCCAGAAGCAAUGGUCAGUCUACCGUGGGUGUGUCUGAUGCUCUCGGCGGCAGCUGUGUCCCUCCUCCCUGACGUCACGAGAGGUGACAGCAGGAGUCAGGCCAAUCUGCGGCGCCUCCUGCCCCGCCACGCGCCAGGUGUGAACGCCACCAGUUACCAGAGGGAGAGUGGCGGGGGGCGGCGCAUCGAGUUACUCCUCCCGCCUGGCCAGUCCGCGGCGGAGAGAGAGAGGGCGGUGACGACGCAGGGGAAGGCGAAGACGAAGGCGCUGCUGGAUGGACACGUAAUCACCAUCGUCCUGAAACACCGGCUGCCGUACGUGUCCUUGCAGCUGGACGGGCGGAGGGUCUUAGGCUCCUCUGGGAUCUUGAUAGAGUUGCUGCACAGCCUGACGCGUCUCUACAACUUCUCCUACACCAUGAAACUACCUGACGAUGACCAGUGGGGCUCCAUUAACUCAGAGGGAAGAUGGAACGGCAUGGUGGGAGAAGUGCAUCGCUAUGAGAUGGACAUGGCGUUGGGUCCCACGUCCAUCACAGAGGAGCGGGAAAAGGCCAUUGACUUCACCACGCCCUUUGACUUUGAGCCGUGGGACAUCAUGAUUCCUGCUGCCGGGGAGAACGUCGACUUGGCAACCUUUCUCAUGCCCUUCAAUGAUCUGGUGUGGGUGGGGCUACUAGUGUCGUGGGCGCUGGUAGGGGCGUUGACUGUCCUCCUAUCCCACCCCCUCAGUGGAUACCCGAGGGCCAGCACCUAUCCGUAUCGCCACACCCCCCGCCCUGUCUCCCUCCUCCGCUCCCUCCUCGACACCCUCGGCUCCCUCACCUCCCAGAGCGUGAAGCAGCCGCAGACGGAGGCAACACGGAUGCUGGCGGCGUGGUGGUGGGUGUUCAGCGUCAUCACCAUCGCCUCCUACAGCAGCAAGUUGAUUUCCUCCAUCACCGUGCGCUUCAGCAGCCCCGCCAUCACAUCCAUGCUGCAGAUGGUGGAGACGCGCCCCAUGCUGUGGACCUACCAAGCCAAUAGUGCAAUGGAGGAGCUCUUUAAGUACUCAGAGCCCAACAGUAUGUUCGGUAAGGUAGGAGGCCUGCACCUCGAGAGGGAUGGCCUGCUGGUGUUCUCCUUCAAGGGCGGCGUGCAGGCAGUGCUGCAAGAUGGUCUAGCAUACAUCGAGGACGCUUCGCUAUUGGAGAUGGCGAUCGCGAGUGACUUGGCCAUCCACGGGUCCUGCCGCAUGAGUCUAGUGAACGACCACUUCUUCUCCACUCGCUUCGGUAUGAUCCUGCAGAGAGGCUCCCCCUACCGUGACGCCUUCAGCCUGGAGAUCCUGCAGUUCAUAGACACGGGACUGAUGAACGCCUGGAAGAAGCGUUUUUGGCCCGUGGCGAGUCGCUGCGUAAGUGGAACAAAAAAGCAACCAGUCCGUGCCCUCAACCUGCUGGACGCUGCUGGUACCCUCCUCCUAUUGCUCGGGGGCGCUCUCCUCGCCUCCACCCUACUGUUGGGGGAAAUCCUGCUUGGGAGGAUAAUUAGCAGUAACCAGGAUUAAAGCAGAAGUUCUAUAAGACGUGGGAUUUUUACUUAAAGAAAUAAAACUAUUCGCAUUA